AUGGAAGACCAUGGUUCCCCAACAAACCCGUUCUCGUCAGGCUUCUUUGAAGCCCAUUUCGCCGUCGUAAAAGACGAGCCUGCAAAGGCGGAUCAUGAUGCCGACCAAACUGAGCUCGCCGCCCGCGAACCCCUCGACGCACCCGUCGCGAUCCAAGACCUGUCCCUCAGUGAGAUACCGGCGGGAGCCGAAAAUGCUCGCCUCGUCAUUUCUCCACGCGGGCCGGCCCCCUCACCGUUGGAUGAUAUAGAAGCAGUCGUGCCGUUCCAUUUCGGCCGGGGCCCCGGGGAGUUGCUUGCCGUCCUCCAGACUUCCAAGUCGGCCUGGUUUUCCCUCACCUUGGCCGCCGACCUCCAGUGCACCUUCUACUACGAUCCAGCAAGUGACAACCUUGUCCUUCGUAAUUCGAGCUAUCAGUCCCUAAAAAUCGGCCCAAUUGAGGACGAAACUAGUGAUACGGGUCUGCGCACGUUGGAGUACCGCGAUGUCCACCUCGUUUCUCCUGGGCCCUGGAGGAUUUACUCGGAAGACGGUGCCGUGCUCGUUGACUUUCUCGUUCUCAGACGGCGGUACCUUCUUGAAACACAAGCCGGAGGAACGCAGGCCGGGUCGAAAAGGAAGGACGCCGCACCGAUCGAGGCUCCGGUCAAACGGUAUCGCACCGAAGCCGAAGCCGGGAGCAUCGAUCAGAGCAUAGUGUUGAUUAGCAAACCACCCAGCAGCUUGAGAACAGAAAAAGUCCAACUGGAACUUGUUCGUGCUGGCAACCCUUUGAUCAGCCUCGAGCCUGGACAGGCGGUGUUUGUCACCACCCCGGGAGGAGCCAAUGAAGCUGUAAAUUCACCCAAAGGCAAUCCCAAGAAGGAGAUUGUUGCUUCGUAUGCCCAAGAUAUACCCGAGAGCUAUUCACUCCUCCAUAUGCGGGACAUUGCUAGUACCAAGGGGUUUGCAUCUGUCUUCAGCGCUCGCCACAGUGUGUUUGGCGAUACUGCAGUCAAAGUUAUUCGGACCAAGCAGGCGUCGCAAUAUUCUUAUAUACCGACCAUGGCCCAGAACUGGAAGCACGAAGAACAGAUUUUGAGAAAAGUCAAACAUCCAUCUAUCAUCAGGUUCUUCGGGUCCGAUGCUCGUCUCUACUCCAUAUACAUGGAGCACUUGCCCUUCCCAGACCUCAAUGCGUGGAGAAAUCGCCCACAUGAUCACUAUUUUGUCGGCACAGCUGAUGACGCUGAGCGUAUCCUUCGUGAGAUGGCCUCGGCACUCGAGUAUCUCCAUGGGCAAAAGAUCCAGCACAACGACAUAAAACCAGGGAAUAUUCUCUACGACCGCGAACGUGGUCCUGUCUUAAUAGACUUUGGCCUAGCCUCGCUACACGGUGGGCAACUAUGUACCGGCGGCACACCAUGGUAUGUGCCGCGCGAGUUCAUCCGUGACCUGGAGCGAGGACCCAAAAGCGAUGUCUAUGCCCUAGGCGUAACUUUGCUAUAUCUACUGAGAAAGACUCCGUUGCCCGAUGUGACACAGCGUGGUUGGGUGAUCUGCAAGGCUCCCCGGGACAGUUCAGAGACGGUGCACAUGGAGGCAUGGCUAUCAAAAGUGCUGGCGAUGCGUGCUAAGCUUGAUGAGACUAGUCAUGUUGAGUCUUUGGUAAGUGACAUGUUGAGCCCUCUGCCUCGAGAUAGAAAGUCCGCAAGAGAGAUUGUGGAGGCGAUGGUAUAA